UGUUAGCACCAGGACUGGAGGUGACAGCAAGCAGAGGAGCACUUAGCAGCUUAUUCAGUGUCCGAUUCGGAUUCCGGCAAGGAUCCAAGCAUGGAAUGCUGCCGUCGGGCAACUCCUGGCACACCGCUCCUCUUUCUGGCUUUCCUGCUCCUGAGCUCCAGGACAGCACGCUCCGAGGAGGACCGGGACGGCCUGUGGGACGCCUGGGGCCCGUGGAGCGAGUGCUCACGCACCUGCGGUGGAGGGGCCUCCUACUCGCUGAGACGCUGCCUCAGCAGCAAGAGCUGUGAGGGAAGAAAUAUCCGAUAUAGAACAUGCAGUAAUGUGGACUGCCCACCAGAAGCAGGGGAUUUCCGAGCUCAGCAAUGUUCAGCUCAUAAUGAUGUCAAGCACCAUGGCCAGUUUUAUGAAUGGCUUCCAGUAUCUAACGACCCCGACAACCCAUGUUCACUCAAGUGCCAGGCCAAAGGGACAGCCCUGGUUGUUGAACUGGCACCUAAAGUCUUAGAUGGGACGCGUUGCUACACAGAAUCCUUGGAUAUGUGCAUCAGUGGUUUAUGCCAAAUUGUUGGCUGUGAUCACCAGCUGGGAAGCACCGUCAAGGAAGAUAACUGUGGAGUCUGCAACGGAGAUGGGUCCUCCUGCAGGCUGGUCCGAGGGCAGUAUAAAUCCCAGCUGUCCGCAACCAAACUGGAUGACACUGUGGUUGCUAUUCCCUAUGGAAGUAGACAUGUUCGCCUUGUCUUAAAAGGACCUGAUCACUUGUAUCUGGAAACCAAAACCCUCCAGGGAGCUAAAGGUGAAAACAGUCUCAGCUCUACAGGCACCUUUCUUGUGGACAAUUCUAGUGUGGACUUCCAGAAAUUUCCAGACAAAGAGAUACUGAGAAUGGCUGGACCACUCACAGCAGAUUUCAUUGUCAAGAUCCGCAACUCAGGGCCAGCGGACAGUACAGUCCAGUUCAUCUUCUAUCAGCCUAUCAUCCACCGAUGGAGGGAGACGGAUUUCUUUCCUUGUUCAGCAACCUGUGGAGGAGGUUACCAGCUGACAUCGGCUGAGUGUUAUGAUCUUCGGAGCAACCGCAUGGUUGCUGACCAAUACUGCCACUAUUACCCAGAGAACAUCAAACCCAAACCCAAACUUCAGGAGUGCAACUUGGAUCCUUGUCCAGCCAGUGACGGAUACAAGCAGAUCAUGCCUUAUGACCUCUACCAUCCCCUUCCUCGGUGGGAGGCCACCCCGUGGACCGCGUGCUCCUCCUCCUGUGGGGGGGGCGUCCAGAGCCGGGCAGUUUCCUGUGUGGAGGAGGACAUCCAGGGGCAUGUCACCUCAGUGGAAGAGUGGAAAUGCAUGUACACCCCUAAGAUGCCCAUCGUGCAGCCCUGCAACAUUUUUGACUGCCCUAAAUGGCUGGCACAGGAGUGGUCUCCGUGCACGGUGACGUGUGGCCAGGGCCUCAGGUAUCGUGUGGUCCUCUGCAUCGACCAUCGUGGAAUGCACACAGGAGGCUGUAGCCCCAAAACGAAGCCCCACAUAAAAGAGGAAUGCGUCAUACCCACUCCUUGCUAUAAACCCAAAGAGAAACUUCCAGUCGAGGCCAAGCUGCCAUGGUACAAACAAGCUCAAGAGCUGGAAGAAGGAGCUGCUGUGUCAGAAGAACCUUCGUUCAUCCCAGAGGCCUGGUCAGCCUGCACGGUGACCUGUGGUAUGGGGACCCAGGUGCGAAUAGUCAGGUGCCAGGUGCUCCUGUCUUUCUCUCAGUCUGUGGCUGACCUGCCUGUUGACGAAUGUGAAGGGCCCAAGCCGGCAUCCCAGCGUGCCUGUUAUGCAGGACCAUGCAACGGGGAAGUUCCUGAAUUUAACCCAGAAGAGACAGGUGGCUUCUUUGGUGACCUGCAGGAUUUUGACGAGCUGUAUGACUGGGAGUAUGAGGGCUUCACCAAGUGCUCUGAAUCGUGUGGAGGAGGUGUCCAGGAGGCUGUGGUAAGCUGCCUGAACAAACAGACUCGGGAGCCUGCUGAUGAGAACCUGUGCGUGGCCAGCCGCAGGCCCCCGCAGCUCCUCAAAUCCUGCAGUUUGGAUCCCUGCCCUGCAAGGUGGGAAAUUGGCAAGUGGAGUCCAUGCAGUCUCACCUGUGGGGUUGGCCUGCAGACCAGAGACGUCUUCUGCUCCCACCUACUUUCCAGAGAGAUGAAUGAAACAGUAAUCCUUGCUGAUGAGCUGUGUCGCCAGCCCAAGCCCAGCACAGUACAGGCUUGUAACCGCUUCAACUGCCCUCCAGCCUGGUACCCUGCGCAAUGGCAGCUGUGUUCCAGGACCUGCGGAGGGGGCAUCCAGAAGCGUGAGGUUCUUUGCAAACAGCGCAUGGCUGAUGGCAGCUUCCUAGAGCUUCCUGAGACCUUCUGUUCAGCCUCAAAACCUGUCUCCCAGCAAGCCUGCAAGAAAGAUGACUGUCCCAGUGAGUGGCUUCUCUCUGACUGGACAGAGUGUUCCACGAGCUGCGGGGAGGGCACCCAGACUCGAAGUGCCAUUUGCCGAAAGGUGCUGAAAACCGGGGUCUCAGCGAUUGUCAAUUCCUCCCUGUGUCCUCCCCUCCCGUUCUCUUCAUCCAUCAGGCCCUGUAUGCUGGCAACCUGUGCAAGGCCGGGGCGGCCAUCCACAAAGCACAGUCCUCACAUUGCGGCCGCAAGGAAGGUCUACAUCCAGACCCGCAGGCAGAGGAAGCUGCACUUUGUGGUGGGGGGAUUCGCAUACCUGCUCCCCAAGACCGCAGUGGUACUGCGCUGUCCCACGCGGCGCUUCCGCAAGCCCCUCAUCACCUGGGAAAAAGAUGGCCAGCAUCUUAUCAGCUCCGCCCACGUCACCGUGGCCCCUUUUGGCUACCUAAAGAUCCACCGCCUCAAGCCCUCUGAUGCGGGCAUCUACACCUGCUCUGCAGGACCAGCGCGGGAGCAGUUUGUGAUUAAGCUCAUUGGAGGCAACCGGAAGCUGGUGGGCCGGCCCUUGAGCCUGAGGAGCGAGGAAGAUGCCCUCGCGGUGAGGAAGGCCAACCCUAAGGAGGCCCUGCAGACCCACAAACACCAGAACGGGAUCUUCUCGAACGGCAGCAAGGCUGAGAAGCGGGGCAUCACUGCUGACCCGGGGAGCCGCUAUGAUGACCUCGUCUCUCGGCUGCUGGAGCAGGGGGGCUGGCCCGGGGAGCUCCUCGCCUCGUGGGAGGUCCAGGACUCCACGGAAAGGAACACGUCCUCAGAGGAGGACCAAAAUGCUGAGCAGGCCCUCCUGCACCUGCCUUUCACCAUGGUGACAGAGCAGAAGCGCCUGGACGACAUCCUCAGGAACCUGUCCCAGCAGCCCGAGGAGCUGCGUGAUGUCUACAGCAAGCACCUGGUGGCCCAACUGGCCCAGGAGAUCUUCCGCAGCCACCUGGAGCAUCAGGAUGUGCUCCUCAAGCCGUCUGAGCGGAGGACUCCCCCCGUGGCCAUCCCUCCUCAUAAGCACGUGUCUGGCUUCAGCAGCUCUCUCCGGACCUCCUCCUCUGGGGAGGCUGCGGGCGGCUCCCGCCGGCCACACCGCAAGCCCACCAUCUUGCGGAAGAUCUCAGCUGCCCAGCAGCUUUCGGCCUCUGAGGUGGUCACCCACCUGGGGCAGACUGUGGCCCUGGCCAGUGGGACACUGAGUGUACUUCUGCACUGUGAGGCCAUAGGCAACCCGAGGCCUACCAUCAGCUGGGCCAGGAACGGAGAAGAGGUUCAGUUCAGUGACAGGAUUCUUCUACAGCCAGAUGAUUCCUUACAGAUCCUGGCUCCAGUGGAAGCUGAUGUGGGUUUCUACACUUGUAAUGCCACAAAUGCCUUGGGAUAUGACUCUGUCUCCAUUGCCGUCACAUUAGCAGGAAAGCCGCUAGUGAAAACAUCACGCAUGACCGUCAUCAACACGGAGGAGCCCGCGAUCACAGUCGAUGUAGGAAGCACCAUCAAAACAGUGCGAGGAGUGAAUGUGACAAUUAACUGCCAAGUUGCAGGUGUGCCUGAAGCUGAAGUCACUUGGUUCAGGAAUAAAAGCAAACUGGGCUCCCCUCACCAUCUGCAUGAGGGCUCCUUGCUGCUCGCAGACGUGUCCUCCUCGGAUCAAGGCCUGUACUCCUGCAGGGCAGCCAAUCUGCACGGAGAGCUGACUGAGAACAGCCAGCUGCUGAUCCUAGGCCCCCCCCAAGUCCCCACACAGUUGGAAGAUAUCAGAGCCUUGCUUUCAGCCACUGGGCCGAACCUUCCUUCGGUGCUGACAUCUCCUCUGGGAACACAUCUGGUCCUGGAUCCUGGGAAUUCUGCUCUCCUUGGUUGCCCCAUCAAAGGUCACCCUACCCCCAAUAUCACCUGGUUCCAUGGUGGUCAGCCAGUUGCCUCUGUCACAGGACUGACGCAUCAUAUCCUGGCAGCUGGACAGAUUCUCCAGGUUGCAAAUCUUAGUGGCGGGUCUCAAGGCGAAUUCAGCUGCCUUGCUCAGAAUGAGGCAGGAACGCUCGUGCAGAAGGCCUCUUUAGUGAUCCAAGAUUACUGGUGGUCUGUGGACAGACUGGCAACAUGCUCAGCCUCCUGUGGUAACAGGGGGGUUCAGCAGCCACGCCUGAGGUGUCUCCUGAAUAGCACAGAGGUCAGCCCCGCUCACUGUGCAGGGAAGGUGCGCCCCGCUGUGCAGCCCAUCGCCUGCAAUCGGAGAGACUGCCCUUCUCGGUGGAUGGUGACCUCCUGGUCCGCCUGUACCCGGAGCUGUGGGGGAGGUGUCCAGACCCGCCGAGUGACCUGCCAGAAGCUGAAAGCCUCUGGGAUCUCCACUCCCGUGUCCAAUGACAUGUGUACCCAGCUCGCCAAACGGCCAGUGGACACCCAGGCCUGUAACCAACAGCUCUGUGUGGAGUGGGCCUUUUCCAGCUGGGGCCAGUGCAACGGGCCUUGCAUCGGGCCUCGCCUAGCCGUGCAACACAGACAAGUGUUCUGCCAGACACGGGAUGGCAUCACCUUACCAUCAGAGCAGUGCAGUGCCCUUCCGAGGCCAGUGAGCACCCAGAACUGCUGGUCAGAAGCAUGCAGCGUACACUGGAGGGUUAGCCUGUGGACCCUGUGCACAGCGACCUGUGGCAACUACGGCUUCCAAUCCCGGCGUGUGGAGUGUGUGCAUGCCCGCACCAACAAGGCAGUGCCUGAGCACCUGUGCUCCUGGGGGCCCCGGCCCGCCAACUGGCAGCGCUGCAAUAUCACCCCAUGUGAAAACAUGGAAUGCAGAGACACCACCAGGUAUUGCGAGAAGGUGAAACAGCUGAAACUCUGCCAACUCAGCCAGUUCAAAUCUCGCUGCUGUGGAACUUGCGGCAAAGCAUGAAGACAGGGCACGGGGACGACUCCACCCUGGCUGCACAAGGGACUCACGCAACCACCUUGGACAGAACCUAAGCUUUCUUCGUUUUAUUUAUUUAUUUCCCCCUCCCCCCACACAUCCCCCUACCCAACCUCGUCCCCUCCCCCCGCAGACAUGAGGACCUCGGUGCGUCCUCUCUUUCUGGUAGCCGGAGGACAGAAUGUUGGGAAAGGACAAGAAUGGAGGUCUAACAGAGGUUGCAGAGCUGACGGGCCAGACAGCAGGAGCUCCCUUGCAGAGCCUACUCCCUCCCAAACCUGGGUCCCAAAGAGACCUAGGAAGAGGCAGGCACAGACCCUGAGGACAGCAGGGAGCCAGAGCCAACAGCAGACGAGAGGCAGGCGGGUAGGGUGCCAGAGGGUUUUGUAGAGCAUUGGUACAGACGUUGGACAACCAACUGUGUCUUUCCUGGCAGCACCUGAGGACGCAGGAGCAUGCUGCGCCUCGGUCUCCUCCUCUGCCUCUGCCCCUUAGCCUUGGGGAGAGCCGGCAGGGAGGGGAGGACACCAUGCUGAGGCAGAACCCCGCCCAGAGCUCAGCUCUUCUGCUGGGGGACCCAGAGCGACAAGAACUCAACACACAUAGUGGGGUGAAGGAGGAGAUGAUCCAAGUAGGCCCAAGGCCCACAUGAUGCAGAAAACGAAGUGAGGAGGGAAAAGGACAGAAGCAAGGAGAAAGCUGUGCGUGUUCCUCAGUGGAGAAGUGGGGUAGACGGGGAGGAGGGAGCAGGCGGGAGGCACGCGGAGGGGCUCUGAACCCUGUGUCUGCCUGCAGGGGAUGCUGCCGGCCUCACCAAGGGACAGGCCCUGGGGGCCCACGCUGCCUGGUAGAGGCAUGCCUUCCAUGGAGUGGAGGGGAGUCCCUGCUCCCUGCGCCGUCUCAGAGAACUUUCUCCCUGUACACUCAUGGCAAAGCCAGAGAGAUGUCAGGGUCUGGCUGUGCAGUCAGGCCACCUGGCACCUUUAUCUAAAUCAAGAGUCCCCCAAGCCCAGAAAUAAAUGCUGAUGUAGGCCAGUGGCAUAUGGAGCACGAAUGGGCUGGGUUUUCUGGCUAGGUGUUCUGACUAUCUGGCCUUUGUGGCUCCACUUAAGCGCCAGAGACUGGGGUCAAUUUGUCAAAAACCAAUUCAUCCAUCAAGUUGCCAGAGAGUAGCCAUCACAUUGUAGCAACCACUUCCUUCCAGAGCUGGCCAGGGCACAGUAUGGGACAGCCAGCCCCUCCCGAGCACAGUGAGAGCUGCCCUCGUAUUUAUAAAGCAGGUUGGGACGGGGUAACGGGGUGAGGUGAUGGGGCAUGGUGGAAAGCUGAUGGGUAACCAGAGCUUCCAAGAAGGUCUUUGAAGGCUUUUCAACCCAUUCUCCCCACACAAUGAAAUACUAUAAGCUAUAUAGGAAUGAAUAUACACCAGUCUGGGUAAUUCAGUGGGCAGAGUAACACACACACUCCAUUAAGGCCCGUCAGCUAUAGUAAAAUGGCUGUAGGAAAGUCGAGUGGCAAAACAGAAAAUUUAGGACAAUUUGGCAAAUUGCUCAUUCAGCAGAGCGGCUUUGGGCAAGUGGCUGUGGCUGCCUCCCCCUGCGUGGCCACAGUUUAGCAGCCAGGGCAGGGCAGAGCGGCCAGAGUCACUCACCCCUCAGAUAAACCAUCCCCUCACAUACAGAUGCAUGCAAUGCCACUCAUCUCAACAUCAGGGCUGCAUUUCCCAGCCAGCCUGGAAGUAAAUUUAGGGGGAAGACAGUAUGAAGCUGUGUCCUUCCCAGGUGAGCUAUGGGCAAUUAAUGUGCGUCUCUUUCUUCCUCACCACCAUAAUGGGCUCUAAGAAAUCACGUUACUAAAAAUCAGUGUAAUGUUUAUUUAAAAUAAAAGAGAAUGUUUUCUAUGUAUAUCUUUUGUGAAUAUUUAUUAGGAUUUCUUGUAUAAAAAAGUGCAAUAUUAAUAAUUGUACAUUGUCAUUCAGAAAACGAAAUAUGGGGGGGGGGUGCAUUUUAUUAACUUCCUGCAAUUGUGUUCCUGUAAACUCAGUGAUGAUUAUUGUGUUGUUCCUAUUUUUAAUAGAAGCUGAUGUUUAACUCUGGAUCCAGUCACUGUGUACAGAAUACAGUGUAAAAGCUAACGUGAAAUGAUGGGCAGGAACAGGGGAUUCAUAUGUGACACAACGGUUACGCAUGGAAUGAGGAAGACGAAUUCCACACUACUACUCAUGCGGUUGGUUAUUGCUAGUUCAAUAGCUACUGAAAACCAGUGGCCAACAUUUCCAUUUCCUAAGUAGCAGGCGUCCUCCAGCUCCGCCACGUGUGGGGCUGUAGCAGUUGGAUGUGGGUUUCAGAGCAAGCUUGGAGGAUCGAGGUUUGGGGUGGGAAGCAGCGUGCUCCUUGCAUGAGAUGAAUGUACGUUUCCUGUUUGUUCUGUGAAUUGUGACUCGGCAGCCCCACAAGAUUAUCAGGACUGCUGAAUAAUGUGGAAGGAGGCACUUCCUCCUCUAAAACACGAAACUGUAUUUAUAUUUUUUGUACAGAUAAUACAGCUUAUUUAUUUAAA